UGUCCUGCUGGGGCUGGAAAAGCUGGCGUCUCGCGGAAAAUUCAGUCAUCAGCGCGUGUCCAUCGAAUCGGCAGUGAAAAUGUGCCAGCGGCGGUUCUUCAGCAGCAAGUACACCAGUUUCCACAAAAAUCACAUCAAGUUGUUUGCCGUUUACAUGAAAACGGCAAAUUUGAUGCAAAACUUCAAUGUGCUGAAGCGUUCGCUGUAAGCGCCGCUGCCUCUGCCGCGGUCGACGUCGCAGCCGCCGCCUUCUCCCCCGCAAAAAAAAAUAAAAUAAAUUUAAGUUCGGGCUGUGUGUGUUAGUGUAUUCAAAAUAAUGCUUAUUUAAAAGCAAAUUCCGUUAACGCUUAACCAACAAAUCUGAAAUGUCUGAAAAGAAAACCCGAAAUCUGGUGAAAAUCCUCGAUAAGAAAUAUAACAAUUACAAUUCAAUUUAGGUGUGUCUACUUAAAUAACGUUAACAAAACAAAGCUACUAAAAAGCUGACUGGCUUAGUAGAAGGACAUUAUAGUAUGCCAGGAUCAAAAAAGUAAAUACCAGACAACAAUGA